AUCAAGCAAAUAUGGCGGCUUCGCAAUAGAUGGAAAGCUUAAGCGAGCAAAAAUGAAAUGAUAACACUUCAGUGUUAUUGUCCACAAUCGCACCUGCAGAAAGAAACGGUCCUUAGGACAGUUAGGAAUGUCUGCUUUAAAAGAAAGUGCCAAUGUAGAGGAAAAUGACAUCUCAAUGUCAAGCAUCUCUCAGGACCUUUUGAACAACCAGUCAUUUUCUGUAGAGGGAACUACAUCAGGACCAUCAGUGCAUUGUCUUCACGAGACCAUGGAGCUGCUGAGUGACCAAGGAGACCUCCUGUCCAGUGUUAGUUUCAUGGACUCCAUCUGUUCAGAUGGACCAGCCAAGGCUUCUUACGUCAAUGGAUCCACAUCACCACAUAUAUCAGAUGAAAUAUUGCUGGAUAUUUCAAAAAAUGUACCAGGAUUCCUUCCGAAAUCAUUACAUGCUCAGAAUUCUGUGACAACCAAUGUCCACUUUGAAGGAGCCGAUCCACUCAGAAAAGAGGGGGAAAUAACAAUAAGGCAAACAUUGACAGCAGAGGAUGUUGAAAAUAGGGGCAUAUGGGGCUUUGAUAACGAAUCUCCAGAAGCCUCAUUAGAUAAUUAUGAUGAUGGUAAUGACCUUGGCUGGAAUCCGCAACGAGAAUUUAUGAAGUUCUUGUGGGAUGACGAUAAUGGUCUCGAAAUUGAAGAAAAACUGUCACCAGUUCCAUCACCCAUCAACCAUAAAAGAAGAGUUCCAUCACCUGUUGUUCAUAAAAGAAGGAGACGUAAAGAAAAAUUGGUGCUAAAAGUUGACCCUUCAGAGGACCCCUUCUCUGAUUUGAAUUUUGAUACAAAACGAGAUCACCCUGGUGAAGAUAGCCCGACAGACUUUAGUCCUGUAAAGAAAACUCGUUCACCAAGGAAACCAUCCAAACUACAGUCACAUAUUGUGAAGAACACCAAAUAUUUAAAUGGAGCUGCUGAGGCUGUCAAACACUUGUUUCCCAAACCAGCAAAAAAACCUAUUAACAAGGCUCAAAAGAUGGGAUCGAUUAGAGAAACUUUGUCAUCAGAUUCUGAGGGGCCUACAUUUUUUCAACAAAACAGCGAUUUUAAAGACAAAUCACCAGGACAAAGUCAAAUCACAUGUAAUACAGACAAAACUAGCUCAAAGCCGUUCAUAUGCAAGGAAUGUGGACAGUGUUACUAUGAUCGGAGUUCACUGUUAAAUCAUAUAAGUGUUCACCAGGACAAGGAAAAGAAACUAAAUCAGUUCCAUCAAAUUAAGGAUGAAGGGAAAGAUGCAAAGUUGCAAUGCCCCCAGUGUACUUUUGGAACAAACUGUCCGAACACUUUUGUGCAACACGCUAAGACCCAUGAGAAGGACAAACGGUAUUAUAGUUGUAAUAAGUGUGAUUUUGUUGAAAUGAAUGAAGAUGAACUGAGACGACAUUUGUAUCAUAAACAUGGCGUCACUGGUGCUGAUCAUACUGUUUGGAAAUCAGAUGGAUUCCAGGAGCGAAAAGUCAAUAAAUCACCAUGUAUAAAUUCCUACUCCCCUUCUAGAAAAACAAAAAACAGCGUUGGAAAUCAUGUUGAGGAAGAACAGCUAUACUCUCAUUCACUUGACAGUGGUGAUGAAGAACCACCUACAACUGAACAGACGUUCUCGGUUUGCAAUGUUCUUACAUCAUGUGCAAAACCAAAAGCAAGGUCACCAAGAUUGUUAGUGAAGUUCGGGGCACCAGAUGAAGACAAGAACCUGUCCAAUGGCAAGUGCGGUCUGCUACGGAGGAAAAAACGUGUUGGUGAAUCAAGACUUGACAAAUCAAUCCACACACUUUUAUCUAGAAAGAAACGUAGAGACCGGAGUGGCUCAGAAAUCAACACUCAUCAGGAGCCUGCUGAAAGCAGUACAAAAGAGUUUCUUGACAGUUCGCUCAAUUGCGAGACCACAUUCUCUGAAACUAGUUCACCUCCCACAAAAUAUCUGAAAAGAUCAGCACAUUCUAAAGAAGGGAACACUAAAAGAACUUCUAAGUUUGAUGUAAAUAUUUCCUGCUCAGAAGAUGCUGGAAACACCAAUUACACGCAUUUAGGUUUGGAAAAGCAAAUAUUGAAGAAGUCGCCUUCCAAAAGAAAAAUGUCAACUCCAUUCCACAAUAUGCAAGGCCAAGAUAUUCUUCUAGAUUUCCCAAAAUGUAGGCAGAAAUUUAAGAAACCUCAAGCAUCUAGGAGGAGGAAAGUACUGAUCAAUAAUUCUGACAUUUUGAGUGUUUCUAAUGAUGCUCUUGGACCUAAAGAAUGUGAAAUUGACAAGAAUGCUAAUGCUCGAUUUGUGAAAAGACGGUCUUCAUCUUCAAAGGCGAGUCUUGGUGCCUCAACUGGUCACUUUGAGAGAAAUCACAGUUCUCCAAGGGUGUUUUCUGUCAAAGAUGAAUUCAAGGAUGAAGAUAUCUCAGAGCCAAUCACAGCUGUAAAGCUUGAACUGAGCUCAGAUGUUGAGACCGAUCUGAAGUCUUGUCCGUACUGUCCUGCUGUAUUUGAGUCAGGAAUUAGCCUCUCUAAUCAUAUAAGAGGUCAUUUGCACAGAGUUGGCCUGAAAGUACGCCGUGCUCCAGUUAAAUCUGCAGUUAAAGUAGCUUCUGACAAAGUACCUCCAGUUCGACGACAAGCACUGCCGCAAGUCAAAACAGAGGAGGACAAGUCUCAGACUGAUCAUCCGGCAGAGCUGCCCACUGACUGCCAGCAGACAGAGCUCAUCUGUCCUCUCUGUAGGGAGUGGUUUGACAAUAGGACCGGGCUGUCCAAUCAUGUGAGAGGCCACCUAAAGCGACUGGGCAAACCCACUUCCACCGCGUCUAAAUCUCCAGUGAUCAUAUUGAAAGAAUUGAUGCGCGAUAAGAAACAGUUUCAGCUAAAGCUGCAGGUUCUUGAAAAGAAGUGCCGCACCACCAAUACUUUCUAUCCUGUUAGGUUGAGUAACGGACUGACCUUUGCAUCCACUGUCAAACGACAAAAAGAUGACAAGGAGGAGAAAAAAAGGUUGGAGAUUAAUAAAGGCUCACCACCAAGCGAUCUGAUUGGUAUUUUGAAGAAAAGAAGAGCACACGAAGAGGCCAAAGCAAAGCAUCAGUCUCUUACGGCAAAAAAGGCUCUUUCUUUAUCUUCAGGCAAAGACUGUGGCCUUGAAAUUCACACUUGCAAAGCAGUGCCAAGUUCACCAGGAGAGAAAGGUGACAACAAAAGAAAUGUGUGUAUGCACUGUAAUGCCAGCUUCCACAGUGGAAUAAGUCUCUCCAAUCAUCUGAGGGGAUAUUCACAAAGAAAGAGAAAAGCUCUUCAAGAUGGUGCUACUUUGGACUGUAAACAGAGAAAGCAGAGAGCAAGACCUUGGUCAAAGAAGAAAGCCUACUCAAUGAUGCACAAUCCAGAGGAAAUCUAUAGACUUACUUGCAGGUUUUGUGAUCUAGUCUUCCAGGGCCCUCUGUCAGUGCAGGAGGACUGGAUCAAACAUUUACAGAGGCACAUCAUGAAUACAGCUGUACCGCACACAGGAGCAGGGUUGGUGGAAGUCACCUCCUUCCCUGAGGACUAUUGCCCCAACACAGUACCACACGCACAAUCCUCAGUGAUGCAAACAUCCUCAUGAGCCCAGGAAUGCACACAGCUCGUCCUCGGAAUCUCACUCGUGUAAAUUGUUUCAGUUCCCAUUGAAAUUUUUUUAUCCGCCAUCCGUAAGGGACUUUUAAUCUCGAUGAGGAUCUUAUCACAGGUCGCCUUUUAGAUAUUGUUACAUUGUGCUGGUGUUGUAUGGUCAAAUAACGUACGGACGGUGGCGGAACUUGAGAUUUCAGUGGAACCCGCCGCCAAACACAACCUUUACCUCAGAUUCUUCUCAUGUUUAAUCUGUCAAUGCAGAUUUAUGCUCUACAAAACCUGAAAUCGUUUUCUGUAUGUGGAUUUUUACAACAAGCCAUUUUAAUUUGAGCAUCUACACCAUUACCAUGAUAAUAUUUGGAAGUUGCACAUAUGAUGCAUAUGUGUACCAUUUAAGUAUAUGGAUUUACUUGAUUCAGAAGUUUGACUCCUGCGAACACACCAGUCAUUAUGUGAAACAACCCGUUUUUAUUGAUAUUUAGCAGACGGUAUGCAUGUCAUUACUCCCUGUUUACACCAUUUCCGUUUUGGUUUUGAUUUUUAUCUGCGGUCUGUAAGUUUACCACAUGUGCAAAAAACAACAAAAAAAACAUUAACUGUUACUCGUGUAGGCCAUUUUUUUUUUUUUUUACAGUCCCAAAUUUCUUCUGUAUAAACCUUUUUAGGUAAUUUAUGUGAAAAAUGUAAAUCGGUAUAAACAUUUUUGCUGUUGAGAAUAAAAUGUUUCGUCGUCUUCAGCUUGUUGGGAU